AUGGGAGGAUGGGUGGGUGGGUGGUGGGAGUAUGGGAAGGAUGGGUGGGUGGGUGGUGGGAGGGGAGAGUAUGGGAGGAUGGUGGGUGGUAGGUGGGAUAUGGAGAUGGUGUGGGUUGGUGGGAGGGGGAAGGUGAUAUUGAUGGAGGAGGGGAGGGUGGGUAUGGGUGUGAGGGUUGAGUGUGUGGGAGGGUUGGGGUUGGGAGGGGGAUGA